GGCUACUUCUCCUCCACCCACCCCGGGCAGCCUGGCGCGCUCCGCUCUCCGGCGGCGGCUGCUACCCACGACUACUCCCCGCGUCCUUUUUCUAGUCCGCCUGGCAACUUGGGCCGCCCUAGGCGGUCUACACAAGGCAGCUGACCCAAGCGGAGACCAGGGUUCAGGCGCACUGGAUGAGAUGAAGCGCGCGCCCUUGAAAGGGAAGCCGCUAAGAGCCUGAGAAAACAGCACGCAGGGGCAGGAAGACAGAGGAAAGCCACCUCAACGCGACUCUCCAGGGUGAACCGGAGAAGUGGCAGAAGGAUAGGGACUAGGGGAGCCUUCGGACACAAUCCACCACGAAAAGCGCAUCGAAGAAGCCGCCGCGAGCGGGAACGCCGUUGUCUCUUUAAGAAGUUGGAGAGGGCCGAAACCUCUUCUUCUAUGCGGACGAGAUUGGCGCAGCCCGCCAAUAGGAAGUGGGGAGGGGCGGAGCCGGCUGGCCCUGCCCUUAAAGAAAGUUGUUGCCCGCGAGCGCAGCUCGGCUUUUGCUUCCAGCGGCGCGCUUGGAGAGGUCGCCUUGGAGAGGUGCGCUUUUACGCACGGGAGAGAUUGAUUUGCGCGCAAGGCAGCCGGAGUUCGGGCACUGAGGAGCUGCUGCUGGAAGCGGAAAGCGUUUGGCUGGACCCUGGAGUGGCAGUGGGGGUGGCGAUCCGCUCCUGCGCCUCGAGCCUCUCCUCUCCGUUGCGCGCCGCCAGGCACCCUGCGCUCCCGGCGGCACUCUUGGCUGCCGCCGCUUCGCCCCGCUACUGGGGCUCCCCGCUCCUGCCGGCCCCCGCCCCCUGCUCCGCGCCGCCAAUGCUCAACAUGAGCGAGGAGCACGCCAAAGCCCUGGAGGCGCCGGGCAGCCCCGCGGGCACCGCCAGCUCUCUGUCGCACGUGGACUCGGACUCGGACGCGCCGUCGUCUCCCGCCGGCUCGGAGGGACCCCCAGCGCCCGCCGUCUCGUCUUCGCAGCGCCCGGGGGGCUCCGGCAACGGUGCCAGGGGCGAUCCGGGCGACGUGGACGAGCGCUUCCCCGCCUGCAUCCGCGACGCGGUGUCUCAGGUGCUGAAGGGCUACGACUGGAGCUUGGUGCCCAUGCCUGUGCGCGGCAACGGGGCGCUGAAGGCCAAGCCGCACGUCAAGCGGCCCAUGAACGCCUUCAUGGUGUGGGCGCAGGCGGCCCGCAGGAAGCUGGCGGACCAGUACCCGCAUCUGCACAACGCCGAGCUCAGCAAGACGCUGGGCAAGCUCUGGCGUUUGCUGAGCGAAAGUGAGAAGCGCCCCUUCGUGGAAGAAGCGGAGCGGCUCAGAGUCCAACACAAGAAGGACCACCCCGACUACAAAUACCAGCCACGCAGGAGGAAAAGCGUCAAAGCCGGCCAGAGCGACUCGGAUUCCGGGGCCGAACUGGGUCAUCAUGGGGGAAGCCAGAUCUACAAAGCCGAUGCUGGGCUUGGCUCCAUGAGCGAAACUCACCACCAGAGUGACCAUGCAGGGCAGACUCACGGACCCCCGACCCCACCCACCACCCCGAAGACGGACCUCCACCACGGGAGCAAGCAGGAGCUGAAACACGAGGGGCGCCGCCUGGCCGAGAGCGGCCGGCAGAACAUCGACUUCAGCAACGUGGACAUCUCGGAGCUGAGCAGCGAGGUGAUCAACAACAUGGAGACCUUUGACGUCCACGAGUUCGACCAGUACCUGCCCCUCAACGGCCACUCGGCCAUGCCGGCGGACCACGGGCCGAGCGCCGCGGUGGGGUCGUACGGGUCCUCUUACCCACAUUCCGCGAGCGGCGCGGGUGGGGGAGCAGCUCCCGUCUGGACUCACAAGAGCCCCGCCGCUGCCUCCCCUUCCUCCACUGAAAGCGGGCCGCAGCGGCCUCACAUCAAGACGGAGCAGCUCAGCCCCAGCCACUACAGCGACCAGUCCCACGGCUCCCCGACUCACUCUGACUACGGCUCCUACGGCGCCCAGGCGUGCGCCACCACAGUCUCCUCCGCCACGGCCACCGCCUCGUUCUCCAGCUCCCCGUGCGACUACACCGACCUCCAGAGCUCUAACUACUACAACCCCUACCCUGGCUACCCUUCCAGCCUCUACCAAUACCCGUACUUCCAUUCCUCCCGCAGGCCCUACGCGACUCCGAUCCUCAACAGCUUGUCCAUCCCUCCUUCGCACAGCCCCACUGCUAACUGGGACCAGCCGGUCUACACGACCCUGACGAGACCUUGAGAAGGACCGAAGGAGCUGUGACUUCGAGGUCUUUCCACCCCCAUUCCCAAGAACGUAUGCACUACAUGAAAACAAACCCGAGAAGAAGAUCCGAUCCGCAAUGGAGCGCCGUUUUAUUGUCCCAAGUGCCUCCUGUUCUUCUAUAUGACUGGACACCCUCCUCUGGAAUCUUUAAAUUUUCAAAGACAGAGUUCUAUUUUCUUUAUUAUUAAUAAUAAUUAAUAAAAACAUCUGGACUGAUUAUUCCUUUUAAGUACAUGAAGGACAGCUCUUUCUAACUCCUCUGUGAGGACUUGAAGAAAAAGCACGUGAUUUGUACGCAGGGCAGUGCAAAAUGGAAGGAGAAGACGUUGGAGAUAUUCAAGGGUUUAUUGCAAUCUAAGAAAAGAAAAAAAGCCAGCCUUGGUACAAAGAACCAAUGUAGAUUUUUUUAAAAAAAAUCUAACCAUCCAGUUAAUCGUGUUGAGGGACCAUUCAAGAAUCUUUGGGGACCAACCGCGACCCACUAACGUCCAAAAUGUCUUCGUUUUAGUUGAGAGUUCUGCUAAGCAAGGUUUUGGCUGGAGUUAACGUUUUCAUUGGAAGCUUAAAAAAAAAGAAGUGUUAAGCUCAGAAAAAGUGUGUUGAUUUUUGUUGUUUGGGGGUAAAUCUGUUAAAUAUGUAUUUAUGUUCCGUGUACUUUUGUCUAAUUAAUGAAGUAAUUCUGUGCAAGAAGUAGAAUUUUAAAGAGAUUUUUUUUAAGAGGUGUAAAAGCAUAAAUUAGUGGAGACAAGACAAUUGGUGGUUUUUCCGUUUCCUGCUGACUCUUAAAACAUUGCAAGGUUUAGGAGGACUAAAAGCAAAACACAAAAACCCAGGAACUUGCUAAUAAACUGAGAAAAGGUGUGGAUUGGUCUCAGAAGACUAUGUAACCUGGUUUUCCACCAGCGGUCCUCCAGAUCUUGCUGGCCUACAACUCCCAUCAUUCCCAGCUACAAUUUAUUGUGUCUGGGGCUGAUGGAAGCUGUAGUUCAGCAACAUCUGGAGGAACCCCUGAUGUAACCAUUGAUUCGUGACAGUGCCUAUAUAACAUUGACAGACCAAAGUCAGCCUGACCCAGCAUUCUGGGUUCAAUAGCAGGAACCCACACGUUGGUGGGUACUCAAUAGAAGGGCAUGAAGUUCAUUGCUCCCCAGUGGCUAGUAUUCAGUGUACACGGUCUCAAAGUGCCAAGGCACUAUUUGAGGAGGGGCCGUCGCUUGGGGGUAGAACCUCUGCCUUGCAAGCAGAAGGUCCCAAGUUCAAUCCCUGGCAAUCUUGUUAGAGUGGGGAGAGAUCCCUCUCCAAAACCCAGAAGAGAACUGAUCCCGGUCUGUGAAGAUCAGGCCUGCACAACUUUGCCCCCCCCCCCAAAUCUGGUUCUGGACUACAAUUCCCAUCAUCCCCAGCCACAGUGGUCAAUAGCCAGGGAUUAUGGGAGUUGUAGGCCAACCUCUGCAGGAGGGCUGAAGCUGAGCAUUGUCGAUGGUACUGAGCUAGAAGGAAAGCCAUUCCUGUGGAGGCUGAGUUUGAGUCUCUUCAGUGCCUAUAAGCCCUGAGCUAUCUUAUCCACAGCAAGUUUAAUCUUAUUUUAUUAGUAUUUUAAAAAGCCGUCUCAGUUACUGGCCUUCACUACAUUGUGAAGUAGUGAAUUCUAGAAGUUAAUUAGGUGUUGUGUGAAGAAGUACUUGGUUCUGUCCACCCGGAACCUCCUUCCAGUCAGAUUCAAUGGGUGCCCACCAGGAGCGGUCCUUUCAUGACCCUAACUGCCUCAGGUGGUGAAUUAUUGGGAUGCCAGCAGGUUGGUGAGACCCCAACCCCCCUCCCCGGCCACAGUCAUCAGAGCAGCUCUUUGGAUCUGAUCCGCCUCUCACAAUUUGCUAAGCUUAUGGGGAAGCAUAAUAAGAGAACAUAGGAAGCUGCCAUAUACGGAGUCAGGCCAUUGGUCCAUCUAGCUCAGUAUUGUCUACACAGACUGGCAGUGGCUUCUCCAGGGUUGCAGGCAGGAAUCUCUCUCAGCCCUAUCUUGGAGAUGCUGCCAGGGAGGGAACUUGGAACCUUCUGCUCUUCCCAGAGUGGCUCCAUCCCCCUGAGGGGAAUAUCUUUCAGUGCUCACACAAGAGGAGACUGCUGGUGUCCCUUCUGCCCUUCCCAAAGCUUGCUAAAAGGGGGCUGGCCCCCACCAGGGUCAUGAGGCAAGGCAGCGUUUGAUGCCUCACCUCAAGUGCCUCAUUAAUUUGGGCUGCGCUGGUGCCCAUGAAGGUCUAGCUUUAUGAGGGAGAGAAACUUAAGAAGGGUGGCCACAGAUGGGCUUCAGUUCUUUCCAACACGGGGUGUUCCCAGUCCCUGUGUUAUCUGCUUUGAAGUGAAACUAAAUUGUCUACAGGGGUUUAAAAACGGACCCCUCCACGAAAAUGCACUGAACAAACCAGAUUCAUGCCGCUUAUCCAGCAUGUCUUGGCAGUAGGGUCUAUUCUGUGUUAAGCAUCUUGAUGCAAACCAGUUCUGGAAGCUGAGCCUGGCUUGUUCCCCUUUAGGAAAGGAGGGUCUCACUCUGUCCUAAAGAGAUGAUGUGAAUGCUGAGGCCUAGGUGCUAGCUUCCUGCCAGAUCGUGUGCGCGGGUCUUUCUAGGGGAAAAAGUCAUAAGAUACCCAAUUCCAGCCCUAAUGUCAUAUGCCCAUAAGUUCCUCCACAGGAAUUAUUAAAUGCAGGCAAAAUGUGAAGUCAGAAGACCCUCUUCAUCUCCAGUUGGGACGACUCCUGUGUAAAUGUGGAACAAGGGGAAUUGGGCAAAGGAACAUAGCAAUAUUGCUGGGGUUGUUUUCUUUCAUGCCAGCUAGUUUCAACUUACUAAAUUGGAUCUGAAAGCAUUGUUGAAUUCCUGGACUGUAUUAGGAGCACAGCUAGUUUUGAGAAAUUACCAUUUAACCAGAAGUUAGGGAUUGAGUUUCACUUUAAUGUUGCCUAUUUAGGGACCAGAUGUCAUCCAUCAAAGCUGUGAAAAUAAAUGUUCUCCACUAUAUUUUGGUUAGUUCUUAGAGGUAGACUAAUAUUUCACUGAUAUUUGUUCCAUUGUAUGCUGAGCAUAUAAUAUCCAUCUACUCUAAUGGUAAUGUGCCUUUUUUAAAAAAGAAAACUUUAUAAAUCUUUAAACUUUCAGAGGUUAUCUAUCUUAUCUUUUCUACGUUUCAUAGUCUUGGGCUUCUUUUUUUUCCCCCUGAAAGAAUGUGGGGUUCUCUUGUUGCUUAUUGCCUUUGGAGAAUUUGGAAGGGGCGGGAAAAGGGAUGGAAAUUCCUCCUUAUGCAAUCUAUUUUUCUGUAUAGAGUUUGAAAAUUGUCCGUUCUUUAUCUGUUCUGCUCACUAGCUUCUGACUAAGUAAUGCUAACUUUUGUACAGAUCCAUUUGAUAAAAUUAAAAAAAAAAUGCCUUUUA